AUGCGAGUAAGUAUCAGUCCUGGAGAAAGAUUGUCGGUUACUCUACGAUUCCUUGCAACAGGUGAGCCAAAAUACAAAACAAAGCGUUAUUGCCCGUUUUGGAUUAUAUACAAAAAAUUGGCAAUGUCAAUGAGUAAUAUUUUUUUUAGAAGAGUCGUUCCGAAGUGAGACAUGUCAAGCUUUGUAUGAAGCAAUGAAACAGCAAUAUCUAAAAGUAGGUGGUCACAAUCAUUGCAUAUAACUAAAUGUGUAAGACAACAAACUAGAACUUUAUAAUAUUAAAAUAACAAGAACUUACUAGAUUGCUAGAAUUAAAACUUUAUAAUAUCUUUAUAAAAACAACUGGAACUUUAUCACAUAACUAAUCAGACCUUCAUAAUAUAUUUACUGGAAGUCUAGAACUGUAUCAUGCAUAUAAGUAUAACUAUUAAAUAGCACUGUAUAUUAAAAUAUCAACAAUUCAUCUUGUUAAAUGAACAAAAACACAGUCACAGGAAAAGUGUCAGGAAUUAAGUAUGUUUUCAUCAUGGUUGAACCAAGGAGAGAACUGCUGUAUUUGACGGCUACUUUGCUGUUUGGCACCAGACAUUUGCAUUUGCCCCUGCCCCAACAUUCCCAUUUGGGCCUGAAACAAAAUAUUAUUUAUAUGAUACUGCACAAUGUGCUGCAUUGUAGGGUCUAGCUUUUUCAUAGACUCUAUUACAAAAUUUCCAAAGGCUUCAGACUCUCCUCCUUCAGGUUUAGCCUUUUUCUUUUCCUUAUUAUUUUGAGCAAUCGAAGAGGCCAAUCCCUUCAUGACUUCAAGUUCUUCCUCUUGUAGUUUCUUUUUCAUGGAUUUAGGUCUUGAUUUUAGAGGUAGCUUUGUUGACCUAGGUGUGGUUGUAUCAUUUACAUCGUCAAGCAAAUUAUCAUCAUCACCAUCUGGAUCAAGAUCUGCCAAAAUGUCACCACUCUCAUCAUUAUCACUGUCAGCUACAUCAGUCGGUGUUAUAGGAUCUGCCUAAUAAAGAAUUAAAAUGCAGCUUAUUGAAUAAAUAGUUUCUAAAAAUACAUUAAUACAAUUUGAAACAACUUUGAUAUACUUUUGCCAAAAAUAAAGAACUUGAGAUUUACUAAUUAGGUCUACAGUCAAAACUUUAUUUCUCAAAUGUGUAUGGUGAGGUAUCAUACAUAUACAGAUUAUCUAACAAGACUGGCAAAAGCAGGCCCUCUGAGCACUCGUAGGGUAUUUUGCCCUAAGCCCCCCCCCCCCCUCCUGGGCUUCUUGUCAGCCUUGUUAUCUAGUUACAGCUAAUCUUGCACACAACAUGAAGUGCUAUGAUUUAUUUUUUUUGCCAGAUAAAAGAAGACCUAAAGCAAAUAUCAAACUAUUUUAAUAGGCCCCAUCAACAGAAGAAGAGUGGCUAAAAAUUGCUGAUGAGUUCCAAGCACAGUGGAAUUAUCUCUGUUGUAUUGGGGCAUUAGAUGGAAAGCACAUAGCAAUUCAACAACCUGCAGAUAGCAGUUCAGAAUUUUUUAAUUAUAAACACUUCUUUAGUGUCCUUCUUCUUGCCCUGGUCGAUGCCAACUACAAGUUCUUAUAUGUGAAUGUUGGAGCUACUGGACGGGCACGAGAUGCAGGUGUGUUCGCAGAUUGUUCUUUAAAGAAAGCUCUGGCAAAUAAAACACUAAAUCUUCCACCACCAGAAACUAUCGAGGGAGUUUCUGAAAAGAUUUGUUAUCAUAUUGUAGCCGAUGAUGCAUUUCCUUUAACAAAGAAUAUAGUGAAACCUUAUCCACACAGAAAACUAGAUAAACCAAAGCGAAUCUUUCAUUACCGAUUAUCAAGAGCAAGAAGAGUGGUUGAAAAUGCAUUUGGCAUCUUGGCAAAUCGAUUUAGAGUGUUUCUCACAACUAUUAACCUCAGACAUGAAAAAGUGAAUGACAUUAUUCUUGUAACCUGUUGUCUGCACAAUUUUAUGGUUGCAAACAACAUGAGCAACUACACAAGCUGUCAAGAUAUUGAAGAUACCGAUAAUCAGCAGUUCACGCCUGGUCAAUGGAGAAGAGAUACACAAUUGUAUGGAAUACAAACAACAUCAGUUAGAAAUUCGUCAAAGAGUGCAAAGGAACAGCGAGUACAAUUGACAAAUUAUUUCGUGUCCGAAAAUGGCUCUGUUCCAUGGCAAGACUACAUGUGCAGUCUUUAA